GCAAAAGAGGUUAGGGAAACAUGGCGGACGAGGAGGACUCGCCACCCGAUCCUACCGCUGGGUCUCCCCCGGAGAGCCCUGGCACAGGGCGGCCUCACUCUGUCUCCUUCUCCGAGAGCGUCCAGCCGGCCGUCGGAAUGGUUAGCCAGCUUCUAACCCAGCCGUCGUCGCUCAAGUUCGACAAAAACAUCAAGCAGGCCUUCUACAACACCGGGGCGAUGAUAUUUGUGGCUAUCUGCUGCGGGGCGGCGGUCCUGGUCUACUUCAUCCUGGAAGCCUUCCUCCGGCCGCUGCUCUGGGCUGUGCUGUGCGGCACCUUCCUCCACCCCUUCAAGCACUCCCUAGCCCGGCUUGGGCGUUCCUGGCUCAGCGGUCUACAGGACACGGGGACGCCCAUCGUGGUUGGCACUCUGCUGGUGCCAGUGUGGUGUGUCAACUAUGUGGUGGACGCCAUGGGUAGGCAGGUAGUGCAGCAGCUCACCCUGCUGCUGGUGAUCGGAGCCGGGGCGCCGCUGCUCUACCUCCUCUACCUGUCCUGGAGCUUUAUCGGUAUGCAGGUGCUACUGGGCUACCUCUGUGGGAUCAUCUCGGCCGUGCUGGACUGUUUUCACGUAGUGUGGGUGUGCACAGUGGUUGUGGGCUAUUUGUUGGCAGUGGGCUUUAAGUGGAGUCCUUACACUGAAGGCUACUUGAGAGCUGCUGCACUGCCUGUGUGGACCACCCUGCUUUUCUACAUUGUGUCUCUGACUGGCUCGUGGAAAGUUCCCCUAUUUGUGGUGGUGCUCGUGCUGCUCGUUGUGGGCUCCCAAGAGAAAUCACCUGUCCCUGGCAGAGGAGAGCUAUCGGGGCAGGUGUUGUCGUUUGCCGCUAACACAUUUUACAUGGCCGUUUCCUGUGGUAAACUUCAGCCGAAGUCGCAGCCCAGCAAAGUACGUGCAACAGAUGGUGACGAUUCAGUGGACCACAUCCCAGCCACCCCUGGCUUCCCUCAGGCCUCUCGACCAGUACCAACCGGCCUCUUCCAGAAAGAGAAGGCCUCCCACAAGGCCAGUGACAUCUACUUCAUCCUGCUGGUCUGGGCCAUAGUCCUGGUCCAGGUAUGGCUCAACCUUUGGAUCCUCCAGCUCCUUCCCAUCCCUGUGGCUGUGUGGGUGAUGAAGAAGCUGGUGGUCCAUUUUGGACUGAAGAGCUUUGCAGAGCGGACUCUGACCUCAUGGUGGGCGGUGCUGGAACGGUUCGGUCGGGAACGAGAGGAGGCCCUGCUGCCGGGUCCUAUUAAAGGCUUGGCUCAGUUCUUACUGCGUAUUGACACUAAGCUGUGGCAUUGGCUUAACAAGCAGAUGGUGGUGUGGUUGGAGCGCUCCCUGGAUAAAAUCAUCAGCAUCUUCAUCAUCAUCAUCCUGGUCACAGGGACCCUCCUCAUGGCGCUGCUGCUCACUGCCAUGGUUCAUCACGAGAGCGUUCACAUCAUUGAGGUCACCAGUAAUCUCAUCAACGAGACUGUCUCCAACCACCCAGAAUGGGCAAACUUGCUUCCAGAGGCUCGUGUGGUCCAGAAGGCCUUGAAUUCAGCCGUCACAAACGUCUAUCAGCACGGCAGAGAAUGGAUAACACAAAAACUUCACAAGAUGCUAGGAGACAAGGCCAACCACACAGCGGUAAUUGAGAAGCAAGUGUUGGAACUUUGGGACAGACUCUACCAAUCCUGGUUUGUCAAGAACGUGACCCACUCUGGUCGCCCUCGAAGUCAGAAGAUGAAUGUCCACAGACAAAACAGUUGGUUGGGGGACAUCCUGGACUGGAAGGACAUUGCCUCUUUUCUGCAGGAGAAUAUUGAGACACUGUGGUCUAUCGUGGAGUCUCUUUGGGUGGUGAUGAGCAGAAACGUUGGCCUCCUCAUCUCCACAACGACCACACUCCUCACUGUGUUGUUUCACAGCGGCACUGCUCUGCUCAACUUUGCCCUCAGCCUGGUGAUCUUCUUGACCACCCUCUUCUACCUGCUGAGCUCCAGCGGAGAGUCUUACAAACCUGUCAAGUGGGUCAUCAGCCUGACGCCCCUCUCACAGCCGGGACCUUCAUCCAACAUCAUCGGACAGUCUGUGGAGGAGGCCAUCAGAGGUGUGUUCGAUGCCUCUCUGAAGAUGGCGGGCUUCUACGGCCUGUACACAUGGCUCACACACACCAUCUUUGGGAUCAACAUUGUCUUCAUUCCUUCAGCUCUUGCUGCCAUCCUGGGGGCGGUGCCCUUUCUGGGGACGUACUGGGCGGCCGUGCCCGCCGUGUGCGACCUUUGGUUGGCUCAGGGCGAAGGCGUGAAGGCCGUACUGCUCCUCGUCUGCCACCUGCUGCCCACCUACUUUGUUGACACCGCCAUCUACUCUGAUAUCUCUGGGGGUGGUCACCCCUACCUGACAGGGUUGGCAGUGGCGGGUGGAGCCUACUACCUGGGCCUGGAGGGCGCCAUCAUCGGGCCCAUCCUCCUGUGCAUCCUGGUGGUGGCGGCCAACAUCUACAGCGCCAUGCUGAUGAGCCCCAACUCUGCGGCGCCAACGCCGGUGCAGGCGAGCUGGCCUCAGCAAGGCAUCAGGCCCUUCCCUGACUCCACCCCUUCUGUUCUGAGGAAGAGCAGCGACUGAGAGUGACACAGGUAGAACAUCAUGUGACCCAAAAAGACCCCUCCGUGUGCCGGGGGUCCAGCAACAAGACGGCGCCCGAGGAAGGCGGCGUCACGGCUGUUUACCCACACUGCUCCGCUGCACGGUCGCCCUGAGCAGUACGCUUGCCUGCUGCUGUCAAUCAACAAGACGUGAGUUGACAAGCUCAAUCCCAACACUGGUACUAACCACAUCGUCACGCUCUUCUACACUCACAUGGGCUAUCUGGACACUAAUAUUUCAUAUUCACCCUAGUUCAUAUCAUCUCUCUCACACACGCACACACACACACACACACGCACACACACACACACACAGAGAGAUUCAAGUCACAAAGCAAAACUUUCCAUGGGAAAUUAAUGAGAAUUAACUGGAAAUUGAGGGGUUUUUAUUCAUUAUUAUUAUUAUUAUUAUUUUUUUUUUUUUAAACAAAACAUAUAUACAGACACGUAUAUUUUAUUGUUUUUUUUUUCUAAAACCAGACUCAUCAUAUUUGGGUUAAGGAAAUAGGUAUAUAAAUUAUUUUAAAAUAAUAGAAAUAGUAAACAUAUAAUAUAAAUAUAUAAAAAUAAAUAUUGAAAGGAAAAAUGUCUCAAAAUGUAAAAUAUUUUUUUAAUGUCACUAUAUACUAUUAUUAAAUGGAUACAAUAUAUAAUAAAAUAACACAUAAUAUAUUCUUUUCAAUAAUGGUUCAUUUGUUGGCUGAUUAAUUGUGUACAUGUUCAACUUUAUCUGCAUCUCCAGUUGUACAAUUUUAUUCUUUUUUUUCCCAUAAAAAAUUCUUUAUUUUUUUUUAAAUGGCUUAAAAAGUCCACACAAACGUUGCUGCACAGUGAUGAUCAUAUUUAUAUAUACUGUAUAUACUGUAUAUGUGUAUUACCAUAUACACCGUAAGUACAGUAUAUCUUCAUUAUGCUGAUUAGUUUAAUUCUUCAUGAUUUAAGUUCCAUUUAUAGACAGACUUUGAAUUUGGUAAAUUUCCAGUUUAAAUCCUCUUAAUUUUCAUUUAUUCCCGUGGAAUGCUUCCAACUUCUUGCAACUUUCCAACUCAAGUGAGACUAAAUGUUGUGCUGAGUUUGCCCCUUUGUGCUGCAGCACAGCCACGCUCAGUUACCGCACUUUCAUUGGUUUUCUUAACAAACAAAUAAGGAACUUAAGACUCCAUAAUUGAUCAAAUAUUUCAUGACACUGUAGAUACUAAAAAUGAAUAUGACCAUUCAUUACAGUUCGAGUGUUUUGAUGAUUUUAGUGUUUACAAUUCCAGUUUACAACUCUGAACAGUGAAGUUAGUGUGGAUGCUAACACCAGCAAAAGACAAGACGUGUCCUGGCCGGUCCACCGGUUUGCUAAAUUAAGCACUCUUGUUGUACCAAAUAUGAAAUAGAAUAUAAUGCAGCUGUUUGUUUACUUGUUUGACUACACCAGCACUUUGUUCACAGCUCAAAGCUUUCAUGAAAAACAUGUCGUUUUCAGUCAUAAUUGUGUGUAAAAAGUGUAACUGACAUGAAAAGGAAGUGUUCUUUGGUUUGUUUUUUGGACAGACAUCAUCAGUGUUUAUCAUGGUUUAUCUUUUUUUUUUUUUUUUUUUUUGCUACUGCUGCUGUUAUUUCUGCAUCACUGCUUAUGUAUGCACUGAUAAGUAAACACCACCAUUUAAAUAAGUCUGUCUCAUUCUAGUCCAUCCAUUACAAUUCACUUUCAUUGGUAGCCAACUUUUAUUCAUCAUUCGCCAGUUAAAUAACACAUUGCAGAAUCAAAACAAUAAUAAUAAUUAUGGAAUUAAUUUAAGUACUGUAAUGCAUUUAAAAAAAAUCACAAUUUAAUCAUUAUUCCUAUUUUUCAAUU